GUUUCAAACCACCGUCAUCAGCAGCAAACGGAAAGAGAUAGAGCGACGAACAGGCCAUAGAAAUCUCCAGCAGGGCGCUAUGAAGGUCUUCGGUGUUGUAGUUGCCCUAUGCUGCGCCGGGCAGGCGGCGGCAGGAUCGACGGGCGCUGGGCCCUUGCACGGGCUACGUUCUGCCGUCAUGACACAGCACCAGCAGCAGCGGCCCGGUGGCAACAUGAACACCAGGCGGAGGUGGAGCAUGGAGAAAGCGCAACCUCACAUGAGCCCGGUGCAGGGCCGGUACAGCUGCGUGGCGGCCGCCCUCCCUGGAGACUCGUUCACCAGCGAAGUGGUCGUCGGAGGGGUGCUUAACUUUCUCAGCAUCUACAACCUACUGAUAACCGGCCGCGUCCUGCUCUCCUGGGUGCCGCAGCUUCAAGGUGUGCAAGCGCUGGAGCCGGUGUACCUCCUCACCGACCCCUACCUCAACGCAUUCCGAAGGCUUAACUUGACGAUCGGUGGCCUGGACCUGUCGGUACUGCCGGCCUUUUUCCUCCUCUCGUUCGCGACCAACGCCGUGGCUUCUCUCGGGGCGGAGAUGCCGGCGCCAUUGAAGCGUGGAGCUAGCUGGUUCGAAGGCCGCCAGGCGGCCCUCUCUCGCUCCCGCCGCAACCUCGCUGCCUCGUCGGUGGCGGCGUUCGUGGGACGCACUUGCUCGCCGCUGCCGUUGUCGUCGAAGUUGGAGUCCGAGACGGAGGGUCGCCCGGCCGCCGCAAAGACGACACGCAGGCCUCUUUUCGCGUUCCGCGUUUAGACAGCGAUGCAUGGACGCAUCGUUUGCCAUAUAUUCCCUCUCGCUCGUGUAUUUUCCACGGGGGUGGGAGGCUUUUAGACUUGCCUGUUUGUGUGUGUGUGUUUUUUUCAUAGGGCGCGGUGAGAGGACGAGUUAUGGGCUCUCGUUGUGACUUUCCGACCAAGUAUUUGUUACGACUCGUGGAAGAGGUGAGGCUUCGUCGAAUGCGCUCCUUCGGAGCCACCGUGGCGCUAUAUGAUGAUUGUGUGAACGGUUCUGCUGGCAUUUCGCGCGAAAGCGGUGGCCAUCUUCGCGUAAUGAUCGAUGAAGCUAGCCUGCGCUUUGGAAAUUCGCGUACAGGGGGUCAGGAGGGCAAGGAUGGGAUGGGCGCCGUUGUCGUUUCUUUCGGAUUGUUGGCUAGUACGUUGGGGCAAGUGUGGAAAAAGAGUUUCUUUUACGUAUUGCCUUUCCUUGACGUUUGAUUCUUGGGAGCGCGUUCCUGUGAAAAAGUCUUGGGGAUGGAACAGGACAACCACGAUACCCCUUUUCGGACACCGGUGUGUAGGCGGGGAGCUCCUCCUCUAUUGUGCACGAGGUCACGUUGGGUGGCGCAACGUCAUUGUGGGCAAGUAUUGUGAAGGAGGGUGCGAACGUGUUUGUGUUCCAAUGAAGAGCCAUCCGUUUGUUAGCACCCAGGCAAUAUUUUUCGGAAUUUAGUCCACCUAUGCUGUCGGCAUCCUCCACCUGUAGUACACGAUUCGACUUUCAGUGUGUGCAAGGGGCGAUCAACUUUAGUGGGUGGUCUUUGGGACUGACAGCCCUUGCAGAGAAUGUGGUACGUGAUGUUAUGCUUUCCUUAACACGAUCUGACUGACGUCCUCUACCGCAAUAUCGCCAAUUUGACGUGGAAUGGGAGCCUAAAUUCGUUUGUAGACAUGUUUGCUCCACUUGUGCAAUUCGGAUGGUCAUGGUUUCAUGCUACUUUGACGUCCCUCAGGUUGUGGUUGAUCCUAGUAUGCAUUCUGUGCGUCGACGUGAACUACGACCAGGGCCUGCCAACGGCCACCGGCUGCCACGGACGAUGUAGUAGGGUGUGGGAUCAACUCGAGCUUGGAAGGCUCGGUACGGCCCAGAAUGUAACCACGUCGGAGAUCCGAAAAAUUGAGCGAUGAUCUCGAAUAUGUCGGUCUUGACGCCAAAGACGCACAUGAAUCAUCUGCCCAUGCAGAGAAUAAAACCAAUGAGGCCUAGAGCCCGGCCAACUGCACCAAGCUUCUUGUGUGAAAUUAAUUUAGAUUUAUG